CUGCUUCAAAAUAAAAAUAAAAAAUGGUUGGAGAUGUGGCUCAGGGGUAGAGUGCCCCUGGGUUUAAUCCCCAGUAUCACAAAAAAAGAUCGAAAUAAAAGUUAAAGGUAAUUUUAUUUUAUACUGUAAAAUCCAAACAUGCUAGUUGCAUUCAGUUUUUGAGCUGACUUCCAGAAAUUUAAGAUCUAUUGACCCUAUUUUUUUUUUCAUAUCAUAUAAAAUGUGCCACAUGGUAUUUGUCAAGGCCAAAAAAGCUGCUAUGGUCAUAUAUCCUUUUUUUUUUUUUUUUUAACUUUCUAAAAGGACAAGUUCAAGGUUCUUUUCACAGUUGGUUUUUUGUGGCUCUUCUUUCUAGAGCUAACUUGUGCAUACAAAUUAAUAAUCAAGCUUAUUUUUAAGAGCUAGAAACUAUUAGCAAUUUCUGUUUAAUGUAUCAAUUGGGCACUUUACAAUCAAGCAUUUCCAUACUUUUAAUAUUUCUAACUUAUCAGUAUGACCAACAGAUAACCCAUUCAAAUUAAUGUUUCCUAUUUCAUAUUUGUAAUAAACAUUUGCUCUGCUAGCUAUUAUUUAAUAAACAUAUAAAUUGUAUUAAACCUUUAUAAGGAACUAACCAUUUCCAGGUAAUCUCAGAUCUGCUCAUUCUCUUUUUUCCAUUUGAUUUGCCAAUGCCAUAAUCAUUUUUCUAGAAGAGAGUAGAAUAAUGUAUUUUUAUCUAAUCUAUAAUCUAGGCUGUAUUUCAGCACUCAUUACUUAUUGUAGGUGAAAGUAUUAAAUGAUACUAUUUCAAAUAAGACUCUGAUUAUGUUUUGUCCCUGGUUUAUAUUUAAAUUAUCAAUAAAUUUAUAAGAGGCAGGACUGUACCUGGGGGACUACACCUCUACACUGCACAGAGGCACCAAUUUGAGGAGAAGGAUUGGUGGGGGGACUCAGCUUGUCAAGAUGCAUGUUGUGGUAGGUGGCACCCCAGAGAACACACCUUUUGCUAAUUUGGUUAAGGGAGCAGUAUAGGCCAGCAAUGAUCUGUUUCAUGAGAAGGACAUUCAGUAAUUAUGCUGGGUCUUUUUUGCCAUUAGACUCCUGACACUAUGCUGCAGUACCUUUCUAUGUCAAGCCUUAGUAAGUUACAAGACUAAAAGCUAACAAUUUUACAAUUAAACCUUCAUGAGGUAUAAAUAUACAGCAUCCUCAACUAUAGGAGCUCUAAAGUAAACAACUGAUCCUUCCAGCUUUAGUAUGAAGGUGGGGAUAUCAGGAAGAGAAAAAUCAUCCUGCCUAAGCCACAUGUGUCUAUGGUUUCCUCUUUAACAAUGACCCAAGUUCCAUCUACAAAAUGUAAAACAAAUUAGAAGUUCUUGCAACUCGUUACUUUACUAAACCACAGCUUUUCAAAUAUUAGCUUUCCUAGCCAAGCCUACUGGAAUAUGGGUAGUUUCAGUCACUGCUGACCAUAUGGUUGAUUCUCCACCUAGUCCUUCCUUUGUGUGUCAGGGAGGGGCAGCUUGCCUGGAUCAACAGAUGGGUGCUGACAAGAGGAGAACCAGGAACCUUGCCUGACAGAACAUAGAAGUGGAUUUACAAAGCAAUCUGGGCUUUGUGAAGGGGAUAACUGAAAAGGAGAUGGUAUGCAGGGCUUAAAAGAGCAUUAUAUCAACCCUGCCUAUAGGGUGGACUGCUACAAUGGACUCCUGAAAUGGACUUCAGAAAUUUUUCAAAACAUCAAGAUGGCUUUUCCCUGCCGAAGGUCCAUGAAUCCCAAGACUCUGGCCUGCCUUCUGGUGGGCAUGAGUUUCUUGGCACUUCGCCUCUGGCUCCUCCAAGCCCCGAGGUCCCAGCAGGAACAGAAUGGGGAGGGCCCCACGGACGCUAGCGACACUCCCGCUGCUGCAGAACAGCCCGCUGCGCUCCAGCUCCAUCAGGGGCUCCCGUGCGUGGCCAAUGCCUCCGCGAACCGCACGGAAGACUUCGAGCAGCUACCGGCAAGGAUCCAAGACUUUCUGCGGUACCGCCACUGCCGCCACUUCCCACUCCUCUGGGACGCGCCAACCAAGUGCGCGGGCAGCCAUAGCGUCUUCCUGCUCCUGGCGGUGAAAUCGUCGCCCGCGAACUACGAGCGGCGUGAGCUCAUCCGUCGCACGUGGGGACAGGAACGUAGAUACAGAGGGCAGCAAGUGCGCCGCCUCUUCCUGCUGGGGACCCCAGCGCCGGAGGAGGCGGCGCAGGCGCCGCAGCUCGCGGAGCUGGUGCGCCUAGAGGCGCGCGAGCACCGCGACGUGCUGCAGUGGGCCUUCGCAGACACCUUCCUCAACCUCACGCUCAAGCACGUGCACCUGCUGGACUGGCUGGCGGCGCGCUGCCCGCAGGCCCGCUUCCUGCUCAGCGGCGACGACGACGUCUUUGUGCACACAGCCAACGUGCUUAGCUUCCUAGAGACACAGUCGCCCGACCGCCACCUCUUCGCCGGGCAGCUCAUGGACGGCUCAGUGCCCAUCCGGGACAGCUGGAGCAAGUACUUUGUGCCCCCACAGCUCUUCCCUGGGAAGGCCUACCCAGUGUACUGCAGUGGCGGCGGCUUCGUCCUUUCCCGCCACACGGCCUGGGCCCUGCGCACAGCGGCUCGCCACACCCCUCUCUUCCCGAUAGACGACGCCUACAUGGGCAUGUGCCUGCAGCGCGCGGGCCUACAGCCUAGUGGCCACGAAGGCAUCCGGCCCUUUGGCGUGCAUCUGCCCGGCGCCCAGAAGCCCUCCUUCGACCCCUGCAUGUACCGCGAGCUGCUGCUAGUGCACCGCUUCGCGCCCUAUGAGAUGCUGCUCAUGUGGAAGGCACUUCACAACCCGGCGCUGAGCUGUGGCCAGGGACACAGGGUUUCCUGAGGCUGAAUAGGCUGCGCUGCGCUGGGUUGAUGAGUGGCCUCAGCCGCCAGGGCCUCCCCGUGUAUGAUGAGAACGUGUCUUCCCUGCUCUGAUACAUUGUCCUGCCCAGCUGGUGCAUCUGAAUCCCACCUUCACCUUGAAACCACCGCGGGGGAAGGGCCUGGAAUAUUCUCCUGGCCCCAUCUUCAGGGCUUCUGAUCUUAUUGGUCUGUAGUGGCCCCAAACAUGUACGUGGUGGUUUUGGUUGGGUUCCUUGGGUGGUUCUAAGGUGCAGCUUAGAUUGAGGACCGCUUGGUCUGGGAUGUCUGUGUACCCUCCCAAGCCCAGCACCAUUGCUCCUCCGCGAGCCUUCAGCAUACCUCGCUCCCACCUUCUGCUCGUCAUGAACAAUGGAAUAAGGGAGGUGUGGGGACCAGGAUCAAUUUCACCUGUCACAUGCGAUACAAAUAUUUGUUGAGUUUCCUUCUCAAAUGAGUCAAACCCGAGCUAGACUGACAAUCAUCAGAUGACUGCCCUCUCCCAGAAGCCACUUUACAUUUGAAACUGAGGAGCAUUAAUAGCAUUCCUGCCAUGAGAGGUCAAAAAAGGCCUCACGGUGCAAAAUGGAAACUGAGACCCAGUCAGGACAGGAGGAAGAAGCGCUAUCUAGGCGACCUUUCCCCCAGCCCUGAUCAUGGACCCCCAGUAGCCACAGCCACUUGACCUUUGCUGGCCUUGCUUAUAAGCAGGUCAUAGCAAGUACUUCCUGAGUGCUUUAGGAAUGAAGGAAUGAGCAAAUGAGUACCCUUUUGUUCUAGCGGUGUGAACUGUAUCUGUGAGAACGCUGUGUUGGUUUCCUGUUGCUGCUGUAGCAAAUUCCCACAAACUUGACAGCUUGAAGUCACCCCCAUUUAUUAUAGUAUGUUCUAUCAUCCAACACUGGUUUCACUAGGCUAAAAUCAGGGUGUUGGUAGGACAGCAUUUCCUUCUGGAUGCUGUAGGGGAGAACACAUAAGAUAAGGGGAAAGUACAAUAAAUUUGACUAAUAUGGCAUUUAGAAUUUCUGUUUAUCAAAAGAUGCCAUAAAUCAGGCAUGGUGGUGCACACCUGUAAUCCCAGCAAUUUGGAGACUAGUUUGAGGCCAGCCUUAGCAAUUUAGCAAGGUCCUAAGCAACUAGAGAAACCCUGUCUCAAAAUU